UUUACACAUUUCUCUUCUGAUCCCUUUCUCUCACACAAGCAAACACACUCUAAUGGAGUUUCUCUAUUUACUCUACGCACUUCCAACAUUGUACACGUGUUUCCUGAUCUGGAGGUGGUUGGAGGAGAAAAGGGACAAAGAGUGUUACAUAUUGGAUUACCAAUGCUACAAGCCUUCAGAUGAUAGAAUGCUUGGAACAGAGUUUUGUGGGAAAAUAAUCAGAAGGACAGAGAACUUGGGUCCGAACGAGUACAGGUUUCUCCUUAAAGCCAUAGUGAGUUCCGGCAUUGGGGAGCAAACUUACGCGCCAAGAAACGUGUUCGACGGACGCGAGGCGAGUCCAACGGUGUUGGAUGGAAUCUCGGAGAUGGAAGAGUUUUUCAACGACAGCAUUGAGAAGGUUCUUUCCAGGUCAGGAAUUUCUCCUUCUGAGAUCGAUGUGCUUGUGGUUAACAUCUCUAUGCUCGCUGCUGUUCCUUCAUUGUCCUCACGAAUCAUUAACCGUUACAAAAUGAGGCAUGACAUUAAGGUUUACAAUCUCACUGGGAUGGGUUGUAGUGCUAGUCUUAUAUCAUUGGACAUUGUUAAGAACAUUUUUAAGUCCCAAAGGAACAAGUUGGCUCUUUUAGUGACUUCUGAAUCUUUAAGUCCUAAUUGGUAUUCUGGGAAUGAUAGAUCAAUGAUUCUUGCCAACUGUUUGUUCCGUUCUGGUGGGUGUGCUAUUCUUUUGACCAACAAAAGGGCCUUGAAGCACAGGGCCAUGUUGAAGUUGAAGUGUUUGGUGAGGACCCAUCAUGGGGCAAGAGAAGAGGCUUAUGGUUGUUGUAUUCAGAAGGAGGAUGAUCAAGGUAGGCUUGGGUUUCACCUUGGAAAGUCUCUUCCAAAGGCAGCUACAAGGGCUUUUGUUGAUAACUUGAGGGUUAUAGCACCCAAGAUUUUGCCAAUGAGGGAGUUGUUAAGGUUUUUGGUGGUGUCACUUAUUAAAAAAAUGAACAAAAGUAGUUCUCCUAAGUCUGUGGGUGUAGUGGGUGCAACCAAGUCACCGUUGAAUUUCAAAACUGGGGUUGACCAUUUUUGCUUGCACACUGGAGGAAAGGCUGUGAUAGAUGGGAUUGGAAUGAGCUUGGAUCUUAGUGAGUAUGAUCUUGAGCCAGCGAGGAUGACACUGCACCGUUUUGGGAACACGUCAGCAAGUAGCCUUUGGUAUGUGUUAGGGUACAUGGAGGCAAAGAAGAGGCUCAAGAAAGGUAACAGAGUAUUCAUGAUAAGCUUUGGUGCUGGCUUUAAAUGUAACAGCUGUUUGUGGGAGGUAAUGAAGGACCUGGGGGAUGAUGCCAAUGUGUGGGACUGCAUUGAUAACUACCCUCCAGAGACAUUGGCCAACCCUUUCCUGGAGACCUAUGGUUGGAUCAACGAAGUUGAGGAUCCAUAUACCUAUGAAAACAUUCCAGAUUUUCUCAAGUGAUCAAGGUUAUUGUUAUUGUUCUAUUUGCCUCCCUAUGCUCAUGAAAGAACAAAAAAGGAAGAAACCCUCUCAUUCUUUAGAUCUCUUUACAGGUGCAUCAAUGUAAUUGUGCAUUAAAUUUUUCUGUAAACUAUACACUUAUUAUUGUUGAACCCGGGGCCCUCUAGCUAGGGUUCAUUACCCAAUAAGGUGUGCUGCUUCUAACAUCUCUGAGGCUUGUCACACUGUUAAAAGGGUAUUAUGGUUUCCUACUUUUGGUUUGCAUUAUUUGUUUAUGUGUUAUAAUAACAUGUUUCUUUUUGACAAAAGAAAACGACAAAAAAAUUGUAAUAGUUUUUAUUAGAUUUUGUUUAGCAGAUUAGAAGGCUUUUACUAGCUUAAUGCUCCUUUCUUGAAUACAACUUUUC